AUUCGCAUGCUGCUGCUCUAAGUAGAAGGCUAGAAUAAACCCCCCUCCCUGCACCUGUCCCGCUGCGUCUCGUGGUCGCGCAGGAGUUGAAUCUCGAGGCGAUUUCACUCACUUUCAUUGUUGACUACAGCGUGGUGGCUUGUGGUUGUAGCUCGUGAAUAUGACUUCGACAUACAGCGGUCUGGAUUUUCAUCCGGAUAGGAUGGUAGAAAGCCGGUUGAUGAUGAGCUCGGAAGAUACAAUCAACGGCAGCAACGGCAGCAAGAUGAACGGUUCCAUGGAGAACCUGGAAACGCCCGACCAUGACUCCAUCAAGAUGUUCGUUGGCCAGAUCCCCCGCUCCUGGACAGAAACCGAGCUCAAGGAGCUGUUUGAGCCCUACGGUGCCGUGCACCAGAUCAACAUCCUCAGAGACCGCACCGCCACACCCCCCCAGAGCAAAGGAUGCUGUUUUGUAACGUUUUAUACCAGAAAAGCUGCCCUGGAGGCCCAGAAUGCAUUGCACAACAUAAAGACCUUAACUGGGAUGCAUCAUCCCAUCCAGAUGAAACCCGCCGACAGUGAGAAAACAAACGCGGUGGAAGACAGAAAACUCUUUAUCGGAAUGGUGACCAAGAAAUACGGCGAGAAUGAGGUCCGGUUGAUGUUCUCUGCUUUUGGCCAGAUAGAGGAAUGCCGAAUUCUCCGUGGACCCGACGGUCUGAGCAGAGGCUGUGCGUUUAUCACAUUUUCUACCAGGGCUCAGGCUGCGAAUGCAAUCAAAACCAUGCAUCACUCUCAGACUAUGGAGGGCUGCACUUCCCCCAUGGUGUGUAAGUUUGCGGACACUCAGAGGGACAAGGAGCAGCGGCGCCUGCAGCAGCAGAUGGCCCAACAGAUGCAGCAGCUCAACAGCGCCUCCACCUGGGGAAACCUGGCAGGGCUGGGAGGCCUCACACCACAGUACCUGGCUUUGCUCCAACAGGCGACAGCUACCAGUAACCAGAGUAGUUUUGGUAACCAGAGUAGUUUUGGUAACCAGAGUAGUUUUGGUGGCAUGCAGAGACUAGGAGGUGUGAACCAGCUGCAGCUGCAGAACCUGGCCACGUUAGCUGCUGCCGCCUCUGCAGCCCAGAACUCAGGCGGCUCCACCAACGCCCUGUCAGCCAACGGAGCUUUAGGUAAUCUCUACAACUCAGCAGCAGGCCAGACAGCAGGUUCCAGCGCAGGUGCAGCCAUGAACACCCUGGCCUCUCUGGGCCUGACCCAGGGCCUCGGCGGGGGCCUGGCGGGGGCCUCCAUGGGUCUCAACAAUCUCAACGCCCUCACUGGGGGGGUCAGCGGUGAGUACGCCCUGAUGUUAGGUAUGGCUGCUAUGAAUGGGGGUCUGGGGGCCUCGAUGGCCAACGGCUCUGGGGCGAGCUCCAUGGAUGCCCUGACCCAGGCCUACUCAGGGAUGCAGCAGUACACUGCCUCCGCCCUGCCUUCCCUCUACAGCCAGUCCUUACUGCAGGGAGCAGCCGGCGGGAGCCAGAAGGAGGCCAGGAGCCAGAAGGAGGGUCCUGAGGGGGCUAACCUGUUCAUAUAUCACCUGCCCCAGGAGUUUGGAGACCAGGAUGUCCUUCAGAUGUUCAUGCCUUUUGGAAACGUCGUCUCUGCCAAAGUCUUCAUUGACAAACAGACCAAUCUGAGCAAGUGCUUCGGGUUCGUCAGCUACGACAAUCCGGUGUCUGCGCAGGCCGCCAUCCAGGCCAUGAACGGCUUCCAGAUCGGCAUGAAGAGGCUCAAGGUGCAGCUGAAGCGCUCCAAGAACGACAGCAAACCCUACUGAUCGUACCCAGGGCAGGGGCCUUCCCCCUGGCUCUGUGUUAGCAAUGCUAGGAACAAAUCUUCAUGCCUGUUUGCUCAUCGUUAGCCUAGCAUGUCCUCAUGGUGUUGAAAGCCAACUCCAAACUCCUCUUCCUCCCGGCUACUCCUCAUCAUCCUCCCACCAUUGGCUCUUUGAUGCCGCUCUAAAGCUCACCUGACCAAUAGGCUACCUGGCCACACACCCCGCUGACCUUUUGACCUAUGACAUUUGACCUUAGCUCAACAUGAUUGGGUGCGUCCAAAAUGGCACCCAGUUACCUAUACAAUGCACUACUUCUGGCCAGAGCCUUUUUGACCAGUGCAAAUUACUGCACUAUAUAGGGAAUAUGCUGUCAUUUUGGAUACAGUCCUGAUUUUUUUGCAUGUAACUUUUUGUUUGUUUUUUCCUGUAUCAAAUGUGAGGGGAGGUCGGUCAAGCAAAAUCAAUGUGAAAUCUUACCUGCGGUCAUUUCAUUUAAAAUACUUUGAAUUUGUAAAAAAAAACUUGCGAAUGCAAAAAAAAAAAAAACUUGUUUUAAAAGCCUGUGGGAUUGUUUUUUUUUAAUUAUUUUGUAAUUUGCUUGUUUCUGUUGCUUGUUUCUUUUUACCUCUUCUCUCUCAGUAUAAAGUUCACUUGAAAGUUUGAAUACAGGGACUAGCACAGUGCUGUGCUGCUUUGUGCCAUUAGCAAUAUGUCUGCUUCUGAAACAACAAAAUAAUGCUGUGUCCAAAAUCGCACCCCAUCUCCAAUGUAGCGCACCACUUUUGACCCGGGCCCUGGGCUCUAGUCAAAAGUAGUGCACUAUGUAGGGAAUAGGGUUCCAUUUCAGACGCGCACCCUAAGACCACUUGACUCGCAACACUUUUAAAAACAAGUCUGAUUAUCAACCAGAAUGCCCCUCAGUGCUCUGUUUAGGUUUUUCACAUUUUCCAUUUUGUCACCAAGGCUGUUUUAAAAAGAGACUCUUGGCUUUCAUUAACGAAAAUAUGUGUAUUUACCUAUUUUGCUUUAUUUUUUCAAAAAUAUUGACGGCACAAUAGAGGUAGAUUUGCUCUUGAUUACUAGGGGAAAUGACUACCUACAUGAGUCUGAACUUUUUUAGAACUGAUUCACAAAUAGACAAUCUGUGGUUUAAAUGCACACUUAGAUUACCUAUAUUUUAUACCAUUGAAUCUAUAGAAGUUUAAAGCUAAGUAAAACAGAAACCCAGGUUAACUUUGGGGUUCUUUUGUAGAUUAUGUUGUAACGUCAUCUAGGGUCUUUAAGUGUAUUCCAUUUUUAAGUGGAACAACAACAAAAAAAAAUCUGUUUGCUCGAUCAACACAACACAGCCUUUCAAAAAAAAUUACUAAUUUACUAGUGGUGAUGUUACUUACAUGUGUUGUCAGAAUUCCUUUCUGGGUUAUUUGCUAUUUUAACCUCUGCAAAAAUGUAUUUUUUGGGGGGGUGGACACAUCAGUUAAGUAGAUUGUCAUUGUCUCAUCUUGGGGAAUAUAUUGACUACAUUUUGAUUUUCAUUUUUUUUCCUACAUUAAAAGAAAAUAGUUUAAAUUUAGUGUUAAAUUCUUAAGGUCUUGAGAAUUUUUUGUGAAUUUCUUGUUGAGAAUUAAUUUCAGAAAUUGAUGUUUUUGUCUAGUAUGGAUGCCUCAUAUUGCAAGAUAAUGUCCAUUACCACAGAAGACAGACGAGGCGUUUUUGUUUAAAGUGCCCAUGUGUCAAACUCAGUGUUUUUUAAGUUCUUACAAUAUGCUUUCAUGUGAGUGCCCAAUUUUCCUCAAACACACACUUUGUUCUGUGACAGUAAGAACACUGGGAGCCCCUGAACGUGAAAUCGCACACAGGGGAAUGUUUAUUCGAUCUCUCUCUCUCUCUCUCACACACACACACACACACACACAAAAAUGUAUUUGUUGGUGAUAAGAUAGUUGAAAUCACACGUUUAAGAAGAAAAAAAGUAAUUUUCUAUUCAAAACGGUCACACAGUAUCUAUGUGUUAACACUGCUGAACCUACCCCCCCCCCACCAAAAGUGUUGGUUUACAAAAGCAUUCCAUGUUUCGGCAUAAAGUUUACUACUCAGAUCAGAAGUGUCUUUUAUUGGAUGAUAAUGGACUAGCCUACUUUCUGUCAGUUGUACUGAAAAGAUGAUGGGACAGCUCAAAUAAUUUACAUCCAGCCCCUGCAUCUCGAUCACCGCCCCCAAAGAAAGGUUCCCCAAAAACAUGCGUACUUGGUCCCAUAUUCACAAAGCGUCUAGGAUCAGGUCCCCCCUGUUCAUGUAAUCUUAUUCAUUUAUAUGAUACAAAGUCGAAAACUGAUCCUAGUUCAGUACUCCUACUCUGAUACGCUUUAUGAAUACGACCCAGAAGGCGCUAAACAAGGGUUGUCAACUCAGGGUCCUUUGUGUUUGAGAUUCAGCUGUGUGUGGAAGAUGCAAGCACUGCCUACCGUGUCUUUCUCAACAGAUUUGGGAUUAACAAGCCACAAAAUGCAUAUUUUUUUUUUGCCGUUUUUGUUUAGUUUUUUUAAAACUUACAAAUCACCCAAGAUGGCACCCGUUUUAUCUAGGAGGUUCUAGCAGCACCUGAGGAGUUUUGAAGUGUCUGUUGAAUGGGAGUGAUUUUUGAUUUUGUCCGUUAUAUAAUAUUGGGGGAAAUGUACAUUUUUUUGCUAAUCUGUUUGUUUUUGAAGCAUGGGUUGGUGGCACUUCCCAGAACUACCAAGGUACCACUAAUAAACAAUAUUUUAUGUUGACUAUGAUGGAGAAUGUGCUUUCUGCAGUGCGUUUUUCUAUCCAAAUGCAAUACAAAACUCAGUGCCAUAUGUCUAGAAACUGCCUAUCCAGAUGCUAGUAGGCCUUGGUUUAAGGACUAGAGAUAUGCUGCAGUUAGGAACGCUCAGUUUGCUUUUGUUAUAAUAUAGAUACCAGUGUGUCAUGAAGGCUAAGUCACCCGCUGAUGUGUUGUUUUCCACUUUGUGUCGCGUUAUUGGUUCAAAUGGUACGUGAUUUACUGAAUUUUAACACAUUGGCAAGUAAUUUGUGAAUAUUAUUAUUGUACAAUAAACACCCUAAACCUUUUGAAGACAAAUCCCCCUGUUAGUGAGUGGACAAAGUUGAGUGCUUUGCGGUACGGUCACAGACAGUGUAUUGAUAUAAUAUGAAUGCCUAGUUGUCAGGUAAAAUGGUAAUGUUAUUGUAUAUUGAUUUGAUUUAUUGAUUAUAGAAUAGUAAUAUCCUUUUUCACAUCAACCAAAACCUGGGAAGUGUGGCAUGUUAUUAAAAUUAACUAUAAGACCGUUUGUAAAACAAUUUGUUAUGUAGGCUACAACGAACUGUUAACAAAUGUUAGUAAAUAUUUAAUUGAUUAUAAUGGGUAGUUAUACAACUGUAUUGUAAAGUGUUACCGUAAAUGUUGAAAUAUAAGCACAAUAUAAAAUCACACAUGGGUCAGGGUAUAGGAGCUAGAAACUCACUUCGGGGGCUUCCGUCACAACAUUCAUUUUUAAUUACUCAUUCCAAAUGGCACCGUAUUUCCCUACAUAGUGCACUACUUUUGACCAGGACCUAUGAAUCUGUUCAAAAGUAGUGCACUAUGCAGGGAAAUACGGUGCCACUUGGGACUUCACUCAGUAUCUCUAUCACUGGUCACGGUUUUUCUGUUCUCUCAUACUCUGAAGUGCUAAGUGAGUGGUAGCUUUGCUUCUCUUAGAUGUUGUCUUGGUCAAACAUCUCUGUCCUCUUUCUGUACCAUUUGUCUUAUCUGAUGAUUCAUAAUUGAUAGGACGACUUUGUUCAUGUUCUUCUCCACAUAAAUUAUUUGAUAGAUGUUUGUGUUGUCUUGAGAAAAGCCAAAGUCGUGGUGCAUCUUCAUGUUGAUCUUAUCUGUAAAACAUUAUUACAGUAGUGAUUUUCUGUUUUUAAUUAAACCUUUGAAACUUGGGUGGGAUUUGAAAAAAACGAAAUGACGAAAAAAACUGGCUCUUUCCAAUUUCUACAAUACUGGCUGUGCAUAUGUAUUUUGUACCAGUGAAGCUUUUUUUUUUAUAUUGGAAAUAAUUAAAGAAAAAAAUAUAUAUUGGAAAAAAAAUGUCUGUCCUCUCUAAGGCCUUGAAUGUGAUAGUGUUGAGUUUGGCUUCUUGAUGGUCGUCAAUGAUAACAUUUCUGGUAGUACGUUUUUGUUUCUUAAAUAAAUAACCUUCAUUUUGAUUUCAUUAACUUGCUUUCUACACGUUCCUCACUACUUUAUUCAGUUUCUACUUUUGGGGGUGGGGAUCCUCUAAAACCUUGGUCAGUUUCAUGUUAGUGCUGUGCUCGCAGUCCACGUGGUUAUUAAAAACGACCAUCUGGGCUUAUUAUAGACAACUUGUAUGGAUAGAUAAAUGUCUUAGUUUAAUAGAAAGUUAAUUAUUUGUUUUAGUUUCUGGGCUUUUUCCUUUUUACCCGUCGGUAGAUAUUUCUAUUUUUCCCAUAGAAGCAGUGGUGUGUAGUUGGAAAUCAGAGUGUUUUAUUUGGUAAAUGUUUGUUCAUGUGUGGUGUUUCUUUGCCUCUGUCUCCAAAAUUAAACCAUUUCCCCCUAAUA